UUUAGUGAGUGGGGCAGCAUUUCCUUCUCCCACUGCUGCUGAGAUGGCGGAGAUUAGUCGAAUUCAGUAUGAAAUGGAAUACACCGAAGGUAUUAGUCAGCAAAUGAGGGUCCCGGAGAAAUUAAAGGUAGCACCACCAAAUGCUGACCUGGAACAAGGAUUCCAAGAAGGAGUUCCAAACGCUAGUGUCAUUAUGCAGGUUCCAGAGAGGAUUGUUGUAGUGGGAGAUAGUGAAGACAUUCCAUUUUCAAGACCAGCAGAUCUUGACCUUAUUCAGUCAACUCCCUUUAAACCUCUGGCACUAAAAACACCACCUCGUGUACUUACAUUAAGUGAAAGACCACUAGAUUUUCUGGAUUUAGAAAGACCUCCUCCAACCCCUCAAAAUGAAGAAAUCCGUGCAGUUGGCAGGCUAAAAAGAGCGCGCUCUAUGAGUGAAAAUGCUGUUCGCCAAAACGGACAGCUGGUCAGAGCUGACUCCAUGCAUGGCAUGUCACAUAUAGAUACAACAACUGAAGGAACUUCAGACGACAUGACUGUUGUAGAUGCAGCUUCGUUAAGACGGCAGAUAAUCAAACUAAAUAGACGUCUACAGCUUCUAGAAGAGGAGAACAAAGAGCGUGCUAAAAGAGAAAUGGUCAUGUAUUCGAUUACUGCAGCGUUCUGGCUGCUUAACAGCUGGCUCUGGUUUCGCCGCUAGAGGUAACCUCAGCUCUC